ACCAAAGUGAAAUUCAACACCUUGAACAAUGUUCAGUAUCAUGAUGUCCCAAAGCGACGUGUACAUGGAUUAUCAUGGGGUUCUUCUUCCAAAACGCGGUUACGAUGCGAAGAGUUUGAACUAUUUUGAGUCCUUCCAGGUUCAGGAUGAUGAUAUUUUUGUAAUUACAUAUCCCAAAUCUGGUACAACAUGGAUGCAGGAAAUACUUCCUCUGGUGCUGAGUGGAGGAGAUCUUACUCCCGUGCUUACCCUUCAAAGCUAUGAGAGAGUUCCAUGGCUCGAGGAAGGACGUGCUGCUCAAGUUGUAGCCAAGAUGAGUGCUCCACGGCCGUUUAUAUCUCAUAUGCCUUACCACCUGAUGCCAGCCACCUUCUUCUCUUCUAAGGCUAAGGUCAUUUAUGUUACAAGAAACCCAAAGGAUGUUGUGGUUUCCCAUUUUUAUUUCCACCAAAUGGCCAGCUUUCUGCAUGAUCCAGGAACCUUUGAAGAAUUUACUGACGGCUUCCUAGCAGGGAAUGUGAUGUUUGGAAAGUGGACCGACCAUGUGAAGAGCUGGAAAAACCCAGAUUUAGGAAACAGAAUUCUCUACAUCACGUAUGAGGAGAUGAUUCAGGAUCUUCGUGGCAUCAUCGGACGCAUUUUAUGCUUCCUUAAUCGGCAGCUGAGUGAAGAUGCUCUGAAUCGUGUGAUUGAACAGUGUCAGUUCAAAACCAUGAAGCAAAACAAAAUGUCCAAUUACUCAAUGGUGGCACCGGAAAUAAUGAACGGCAGCAAGUCACCAUUCCUUAGAAAAGGAAUUGUUGGUGAUUGGAAGAAUCACUUCAGCCCUGAGUUGGAGGCCAAAUUUAAUGCAUUCAUUUCUGAAGAACUGAAGGGAACUAGCAUUACAUUUCCCUGGAAUGAGGAACACAAAUGCUAUUCAUAAAUCCAACUUGCAUAAAUCCAACAUAAAUCCAACAUAAAUCCAUAAAUGCUAACAUAAAUCCAACUUAUUACACAAAAUAAUUAAAAUCAACCUAAUAUCAACCUAAGCGGAAAUCUUUGUAGUACUAGUAAUAAUAUAAACUGUAAUAAAGUUUCUCCAGGAGGGUGAGGAGCGGCUGCCGUCAUUUUUGGCUCCCUUCAGCAGCAGUCAUGCUAGGAGCGUACAGUGGUUUGUGUACAGUGCAGGCUGGAGGCUGUAAUAGCUGUAAUAGAGACCCAUCAGGGCAGUAAUCACACUGCCCAGUGCUCGGGGGAGGAGCAGAGGAGAGGACAGUUAAUGACAGGUUGCCAGAUUGUGCUGGUUAAAAAAAUACUCUGCAUCGACCAAGAUCUUGUUUCAAAGCAAGUAAUCAGAAAUAAAUCCAAUAAUUUUUUUUGGCCUUAAGAAAAGAACCAUGUAAAGAUUCAUUUCUCUAGCAAGGUAUAUUGCAAAGAUUUGAAGAGGGAAAUAAGGAUCAUGAUCUGGAUGAUUUAUAUACAUUAGAAAUACAUACAAAAUACUUGCUGUUCCAUGCAAAUGCUGAGGGUAAAAAAACAACAGAAUGUAUCUGCCUUUACCAGUGUCAAAAUAUUUGGGGGGUAGUUUCAGGUAUUUUGAGUGCUUUUUGAGAUGUAGUUAUAGUUGAAAUGUAUCAGCUCUGGUUAAUGACAUUACCUUGAACAUAUUUAAGCAAAUGUGUAUCUAAAAACGCUCAGAAAAGGAUGCUAGACUGUAUGCUGGAUCACUGUAUGUUUUUGACUCUCAACUGCCUAGUACAGGAAUAAUGUAAAUGAAUAGAUAGUAGCCUAUGUGUGAUAGCCUCUCAAUGUAUUUUUGUUUGAGGCUAUGGUGUUAUUAAUGUCAUCCUGCUCCACCAAAAAUGUAUCCUCACAAGCCUCUGCUGGCUCUACCCAUCUAUUGCACAAUAUAGUAUACAUGAUCUAUCUAUCUAUCUAUCUAUCUAUCUAUCUAUCUAUCUAUCUAUCUAUCUAUCUAUCUAAAUUCUGUAAGCAUGUGAGAAAUAUAUGUAUAAAUAUGAAAUGCAGUACAGAACUCUUAUGUUGUACAAUAUUUAUAUGAGAUGAAGCGCAAAAACAUCUAUCACAUGAAGGAACAGCUGAUAUGUUUGAGUCUUUGAGCUUCGUCCUUGGGUUACAAAGUUUUCCAGGAAAGAAACCAUUUCCCAAGUAAGAGAGGUAUUUUAAAAAAAAAUAACUUUCAUUACUGACGGUUUAAUAACUGUGACUGAGUUCUUUUGCAGACAUGUAGAGGGUGCUAUUGAGCAUGUGCAGAGUGAGUGUCACAACCGUUGCUUGUUGUUGAUUAGAGCAAUAGUUUGUAUUUAAACUGACCCCUGUGAGAUGUAAUAAUAAAUGAACAAGCAGAUAAAACAUGCCCUGCCCCCUGUGGCUUUGUGCGUUACUCUGGUUUCCUCCAGACUUUCAAAAACAUGCCUGUAGAUGUUGUGGCAGCUCUAAAUUCCCAGCAGGAA